GGCCGGAGACCUCGCUUGCUGGGGUCGGCCUGACGCCGGGGGCGCUCACCAUGGGGCACGCGACGUUUCGGAAGGUGGCUGCCGCCUCGUGCGUCGUGCUGUGCGUGUCGCUGCUGCUGCCCAAGCUCUUCUUCUCGCGGGUCUGGUCUCGGCAGCAGGAGCUCGGCCCCACAGCCCCCCCCCCCACGGCGCCCGCCACGACGGAGGGAAAGACAAGCCGGCUUUCACCCACAAUACAACACCAAAUGUCUCCAGAGACCAGACCACCAGUUACCCAUUUUCCAAGGUCCCAUCUUGCGGAAGCAGUUGCCAAGGCCAAGGGAGGUGGAGGAGGAGGCAGUGGUGGUGGUGGAGGAGGAGGAGGUGGCAGUGGAAGAGGUCUUGUGGGACAAGUUAUACCAAUAUAUGGAUUUGGGAUCCUUUUAUAUAUACUCUACAUUCUUUUUAAGCUUUCUUCUAAGGGGAAAACCACAACAACUGAACGGAAAUGUCCUCCUUCAGUACCUGGCAACAUGAACAGGAAAAUAACUGACUAUGAGCUAGCCCAACUCCAAGAUAAGCUGAGAGAGACUGAAGAAGCGAUGGAAAAAUUAAUCAAUAGAGUGGGACCCAACUGUGAAAG